UUACGUUCGAUGUUAGUGAAUCAUCUUUAGUUAUCUUGGUAGAGCGUCUAUGUGUAUGAGAUACUGUUAUUGUAAGGCACACUUGAAACACAGAGGACGCUUACAGUAAAGAUGACACCGAUCCUGCUCUGCAUGGGCCUGGUGCUGCAGAUUGGUAUACAGUUGACAAAAGGGCAAACCGGAACGAAUGGACAGUGGUGCUGUGAAAUAGAACUUCGUCCCAUCGUCCGUACGAUCAGACUCACGAUGACAGAGAUUGCCUACAGGAAUACUACAAAAAGAAUACUUGACCGGUAUGUUCCAUGUAAUGACACUGACGGAGGUGAUACGGGUAGAGGUCAAGGUCAACCUGAUAGAGGUUAUGGGGGUGGUGGUCAAGGUCAACCCGAUAGAGGUUACGGUGGUAGAGGUCAGGAAGGUAGAGGUCAAGUUCAACCUGAUGGAGGUUACGGCGGUAGAGGUCAAAGGCAACCUGAUAGAGGUCAGGAAGGUAGAGGUCAAGGUGGUUAUAUUGAUAGAGGCCACGGAGGUACAGGCCAGGGAUCCAGAGAUCCUUACCGAGGUAGAACAGAAGAUUGGUAUAGAGGGCGUACGACCCCAAGUUACAUUCCCGACAUUAGACCUACCCAACCCCAAAAUCGAUGUCGAUGGAACCGCUGUAAUAGGCGUAACAACCGAAAUGGGCGUAAUAACCGCCGAAGGAACCAAGGUGGUCAGAGACGUAGAACCAAUACGGGUUCGUUUGAUCACGAUACGGCUAGCCGAGAAUGGGUUGAACGGCACUUCAUGGGAUCAACAAUCGAUCCAAUGACUGUCAACCUCGAGAAACUUCGACCUUUAUACGAGCGCCACCAUUGGUCACAGGUGAGACCGAACCAAAGAAGAAGCUCCCUUGGUGGCGAUAGAAGAGCAAAGCGACAAGCGGCUUCGCAGACUGGCACAACAUAUAGACGGCGCACCGUGUCAAACUAUUGUCCAAUCUAUAAGACGAUCACGCAGAGUCAUCCUUACACUAGGAUCGGAUACACUACACGAGAGGACGUCCGCUACCCGUCAUGUCCAAAUCAGUACCUAAAGUGUUGCCCUGGAUACGUGCUCAUUGGAAAUGGUUGUAUUGAAGAACGUCGUGCAGCGGCAGUGAACGAAACGUAUCAACGAUCAAUGGAUAACCCACUAUUUAAAAUACUUGGUGGUGCUUAAUAGAUGUCGUCGAAGCGGUUGAAAGCUUUGGAUUAACACUGGAGUGUCAUCUCGGAUUGCGAUUACUGAAACUAUCUAAACCCUAAAACACAUUUCCAUUGAAACAGUAGCUGUAUGUGUUUCACAUUAUCAAUUCCGAUCAGGCAUGGUCAAAAAGUAUCAAGAGAAAACUUGCGACUGAAUGAUUAGAAGUAAAAAAUUCACUUUCACGUUUAGUGAAUGACCAUAUCUGUUACAUAAUAAUAUGCGUAAUGGCUGCGUAUGUAUUUAAAGAUAAUAUCAUCGUAUUAUGGAAUAGAAUCUUGUACAUUUUUGUUUUCGAAUGAUAUUGAUGUAUUGAAGCAAACUUAUUUCAUUGGUCAUUGUAUAUAACUUACAUAUCUAUGCAAUAAUAAAAUAAAAUAAAAAGUGUUUAUUUCUAAAUA